UCCACGGGGUUUGUUUCUCGGACCAUGGCGCUGACUUCCAACCAUCUCACUGUAUACGUGGCGUUUAAUGUUGUUUUUGUAGCUUUGCUUAAUUUCGCUUUUGCAGCCCCGGGUAGCGGCAGCUCUAACGUGUUGUCACUCCUGCAGCCGUAUGAUUUUCUGUAUUACAGUGGAGUACGUUCAUAUUUUAAUGGGGAGUGGGCGAAAGCUGCAGAGCUGCUGGAGAAAUCCCUCGUUACCAAAGAAUCACUGUUCAGGGUCCGCAGACAGUGUCAAAAAGACUGUGAGUCAGCAGGGAAAGAGUCUCUCAGUAAACUAGACUCUGAAAGGGGAAGUCUGUGGGACCUGUGGGCCUUGGACUGGGUGCAGCAGAGAGCUGAAUGUUUGAGGUUCUGUUUGGGACGUUCAGUGACACCAGCAGGACAACUUCCUGUUUCCACAGACAUCGAGUAUGAAUUUGGCAGUCGCAACCCUUACAACUUCCUGCAGGUCACAUAUUACAAGUUGGAAAAGUUGCAGAAGGCGGCAUCGGCAGCUUAUACCUACUUCAUUGCCAACCCCAGUCAUCUCGAGAUGAGGAACAACAUCGAGAAGUACAGGCGGAUGGAAGGAGUGACUGAGGAGGCCUUUCAGGACAGAGAGAUUGAGAAUGAGAAACACUGGGUCCUGUAUGAUUCUGCACUUCAGUUUGAGGCUUCCUCUGACUGGGUGAAGGCUGCAGAGAAAUGGAAAGGGUGUGUGAACGAAACGCUGCGGCAGACGGAGGAGUGCAGGGUGCAGUGUGAGGUGGCCUCUCAGCGGCUGCCAGAAGACCGGGGACUAGACAGUGUUUAUGGCGUAUUCGAGAAAGCUGCAGCUCUUUCCCUCUCCCUGCUGUCGUGCCGGCAGUCGUGUGUGACUCAGAUAGCCACAAGGCCUGGGAGAAUUUCUGCACAGGAGGAUUUUCUGCCCUCACAGCUGGAGCAUCUACAUAUUGCACAGUUUAAAGCUGGUGAUAUUAGUGGAGCAGUACAGACUCUUCGCUCCCUUCUUCUUUUCUACCCCUCUGACAAGGACUCAUUAGACAACCUGCAGCUCUACACCGAAACACUAGGGGGUGACACAGAGUCACAGGGCACACAGCCUGCUCAGGAGUUUGUCACAUAUGUCAAGAGCUCCUUGCAGGAGAAAAAGUUGCUGUAUUUUGGUAUGGAGAACCUUGACUUCACUUUCAUUGACCCAGAUCUUUGGACUCCAGAGGAUAUUGUACCUGAAUCACUCAGAGAUGCCUGGAGAAUUGAAAAGGAGAAAAUGAAUGAGAAAAUGAAAGAAGGAGAGCAGCAAGAUGAAGUGGAUGACAGUGGAUUUUUUGCUGGUGGCCCAGUCCGUCAGGUGGGUGUGACUAUCACCAUGGAUGACAUGGUUCUAAAUGGGACCAAUCGUGUAGUCCUGGAUGGAGUCAUGACAGAGAAAGAGUGUGACAGGAUAUUGCAGUUAGCAACAGUUGCAGGAUCUCUAGGAGAUGGUUACCAGGGACGACGGUCUCCACACACUCCUCAUGAGACAUUUGAGGGCUUGACUGUUCUCAGAGCAGUAAAGUUGGCUCAGGAAGGCUUGGUGAACCAAUCAGAUGCCAAGCUGUUAUACGAGCUGGGCGAGAGAACAAGAACCCUGCUGCACUCCUACUUCAGGAGCCCCUCAGGACUCUUUGUGUCUUUCACACACCUGGUCUGCCGCAGUGCUGUUGCAGGUGACCAGGAGGGCAGGCUGGACCUGUCUCACCCUGUCCAUGUUGACAACUGUCUCCUAGAACCAGAUACCAAGCAGUGCUGGAGGGAACCACCAGCAUUCACACACAGAGACCUCAGUGCCAUUCUUUACCUGAAUGACAACUUUGAUGGUGGCGAGUUAUUCUUUACAAACAGGGAUGCAAAGACAGUAACAGCUCAAGUAAAACCCAGCUGUGGUCGACUGGUGGGCUUCUCCUCUGGUCCAGUAAACCCACAUGGUGUGACUGCAGUGACGAAAGGCCGGCGGUGUGCUCUGGCACUCUGGUUCACAAAGGAGAAGCUCUACAGGGACAUGGAGCGAGAGGAGGCGGAGGCCCUGUGGGCUGCAGCUGGACAGAGUGUGGUGAAAAAAGACGAGGAGAGGACAGAGGGCAGGAACGCUCGGAGCCAGGCAAAGAAAGAGAGAGGCAAAGGGGGGAGAGGAAGGGUGAUUGGGGGCAAAGAUGAACUGUGAGAGACAAACAUGACCUGACUGACUGAAACAUCCAAACUGUAAAACUUUCUUAUCCGCGUCAACUCUCACAACAGGGCCAUUACACCUUCAUACCACAAACACUUCUCUGUUUUUAUGACUUAUUUUAAUUAAGUGGUUCUCAACUGGCCUGGCCCCAGGACUCAUCACCAACUCUUUAAUCAGAAAUUGCAGCCCAAAUGUGUAAUCAUUUCAAAUUCCUCAAAUGUAUUCAUUGAUAAGAAAUGUUGUAUUUUCCUUUGAUAUGGUAGAAAAAUAUGACCAAACAAACAGACAGGAGAAGAAAACAGGCAUGUUUUAAAAGCACAUCAUAACAGAAGACCUGAGGGGACAUACAUGCAUUCAUUUUAGCUUAUUUUGUUUCACUUCAUAACAUUUAAGUUUUCUUUUGUUUUUCUUGAGAUCUGGAGAGAUGAACACAUCAUUAUGGGAAAACCAGCUAUUAUUUCAAAAUAACAAAAUAAACUCUGGUUGCAAGCAACACUGAAGGGCCCUUUCACCCUGAUGCAUGUAGGGGCGUGUCGCAACCGCGGACAUUUAGUUGGGUGUUAGCAACCUGUGCAGUGGGCUGCAAUCCAGUAGAGAGACCAUGUAGACCUUCUAGGAGGGUCAUUAAAUUAAAAUAUGAGCAUUUUGCACUUUGUAUAUGAUGUAGUACUGGCUGUGAGCAGUAGGUGGCAGAAUGGUAAAACAGGAUACAAAUGUGUACAAGUGAUCAUUACAGAACUGAUAUGUAUUAAGUUAAAUUCAAAGACCAUAGAAUGUUUUAUGUUAGAGGUAUUACCAGCUUCCUCUGCAAUAGGUGGCACUAUACAGCAAAACCAUUCAAUUGACAUGUAAAUAUGUAGAGGGUCAGAUUUUAUCAUCCAUGUGAAACGUGAAGCCAAUCAGAUGUUGCAUGAGAGUUAUGGCCACUUCCUGUGAAAUUUGGUGCUAAAUGAACGCCAUUCAGCACCAUCAAAAAGCCUUAUUUGAAAUUAAAAUGACGCUGGUGGAGUUCCUGUUGGGAUUUGGGAAAUAGUCCAAGAGGGUUUUUUUGUAGGUGUGUUCAUGGUUCCAUCUAACACGUAUGGUGUGUAGGUGCUGAAUGUUUAAAAUAUCUUAUCAGGGGAAAAAGUCACAAAGAAAUUUUCACUUGCCAAAAGGGGGCGCUGUUUCAGAGUGGUUUAAUUUGUGCAUGAACGGACAGAGGCUCAAUGUUUGAGCAUCUUUGUAAAGUUUGGUGAUGAUUGACAAAAGAAAAGUAAUACAGAAUUAUUGGUCUCAAUGGACAGUACAAAAAAAGGAGGAAAAAGUUGUCCAAAUGUAGCCACUGGAAAGCCCUGGUAUAUGAAAAAUCAAGCUUUUCACUUUUUAAAAAAUCCAUUUUAAUAGGGUCCUUGCUCUGAGGUGGGUGCUUGGGCUCUAAUAAGUCCAGAUCUUUCAAAAACAAACAAAACUUAUUUAUCAGGAGAAAAUGAAAAGCAUGAACUAUAAUAGAUAGAUUUCUGUGCAGGGCUUGCAUAAAGCACAGAUUCUUUGCCACAUAUUUUUCCCAAGGCACACAUUCACAGCUCACUUUUGGGUCACAAACCACCAGUUGAGAACCACUCCUUUUAUUCAUAUUACUGCCUUUUGUAUGUAAAGUUGGCUCCAUACACUAUUUAUAUUGUACAAGAUGUAAGUAAAGAUGAAAGUAAGUCAGGAAAACACUGUCCUUUCCUCUCUCUGAAGUCAAACUGUACUGAUAUUUUUGGCUUUACUGACAGAAGUCACUUUCUUUUUUUUUUUUUUUUAAUGAAGAGAUUAAAAGAGGAAAUAAA